AUGCUUCAACCUCUACAAAUAAAUUACUUGACAUAUCCAUCGUCUUCAUAUCCACUAUUCCCUUCUGGAGCGACGCCUGAUAUGAAUAAUUUGGUUACGCGACCGGGUCAUAACCCAUUUCAAUUGACAGAAAGAAACAGACGACAGUACUUCAUAUCGACAGAGGUUAGUAAAUUCACAGGAAUUUGCAAGCGAUGGAAUAGACUGAAUCAACACUUAACAGAGAAAAACCGCCAAUUACAAUCUCAAGUUAGGCUUCCACCUCUCAAACGUCUAGUUAUGGUAUUUUAUGUCUGGAAUAAUUACUUGACUGACCCAUCGUCGCCAUAUCCACGUCUGCAUGUUAAAAUAAGGGCACAAUCUUCCAUCUGCUAUAGUUUACGGCCUCCAUCUAUGUGUAAACAUAAUGAUCCGUUCCUCUACGCCGUUCCUCUACGCCGUUCCUCUACGCCGUUCCUGUUCCUCCAUGUCGCCGUUCCUCCAUGUCGCCGUUCCGUUUCUUUAUGGUAUCUCUAA